CAGUCCGGUGAUUGGCUGGUUUUGCUCAUCAUUUCCCUGCUAGAAAAAGGGAAGGGCCAGUGACGCCCCCAACCCAGCUGCAGAAGCUGCCGCCACCUCCAAUGCACAAGGUGUCUCAUCCGAAAAGAAACCUGAGCCCCAGGGAGGCGGCGCGGAGCGUCCCGGGCAAGGCUGGCGCGAACGGCGAGGGACAGUGCUGGGGAGCGCCUGAGGACCAGCGGAGCUCGGCCGCAGAGGACCCUCGCGACCUGCUCCUGAGAUCCCGGCACCACGCUCUCCCGGCAUCUUACAGAUUCCCCCCGCGACUGUAUCUCCCCCAAACGGAGCCUUUAUAUCAAGAGAAGGUGAGGGAGCUGGGGCAACCAGGACUUGACCGGGCACCCAAGAUGCGCUCCAUUAGGAAGAGGUGGACGAUCUGCACGAUAAGUCUGCUCCUGAUCUUUUAUAAGACAAAAGAAAUAGCAAGAAGUGAGGAGCACCAGGAGACGCAACUCAUCGGAGAUGGUGAACUGUGUUUGAGUCGAUCACUUGUCAAUAGUUCUGAUAAAAUCAUUCGAAAGGCUGGCUCUUCAAUCUUCCAGCACGCUGUAGAAGGUUGGAAAAUCAAUUCCUCUUUGGUCCUGGAGAUAAGGAAGAACAUUCUUCGUUUCCUAGACGCAGAACGAGAUGUCUCAGUAGUCAAGAGCAGUUUUAAGCCUGGUGAUGUCAUACACUAUGUGCUCGACAGGCGCCGGACACUAAAUAUUUCUCAGGAUCUGCAUAGCCUCCUACCUGAAGUUUCACCAAUGAAAAAUCGCAGAUUUAAGACCUGUGCAGUUGUUGGAAAUUCUGGCAUUCUGCUAGAUAGUGAAUGUGGAAAAGAGAUUGACAAUCACAAUUUUGUAAUAAGGUGUAAUCUAGCCCCUGUGGUGGAGUUUGCUGCAGAUGUGGGAACUAAAUCAGAUUUUAUUACCAUGAAUCCAUCAGUUGUACAAAGAGCAUUUGGAGGCUUUCGGAAUGAGAGUGACAGAGAAAAAUUUGUGCAUAGACUUUCCAUGCUGAAUGACAGUGUCCUUUGGAUCCCUGCUUUCAUGGUCAAAGGAGGAGAGAAGCACGUGGAGUGGGUUAAUGCAUUAAUCCUUAAGAAUAAACUGAAAGUGCGAACUGCCUAUCCAUCAUUGAGACUUAUUCAUGCUGUCAGAGGUUACUGGCUGACAAACAAAGUUCCCAUCAAAAGACCCAGCACAGGUCUCCUCAUGUAUACGCUCGCCACGAGAUUCUGUGACGAAAUUCACCUGUAUGGGUUCUGGCCGUUCCCUAAGGAUUUGAAUGGAAAAGCCGUCAAAUAUCAUUACUAUGAUGACUUAAAAUAUAGGUACUUUUCCAAUGCAAGUCCUCACAGAAUGCCAUUAGAAUUCAAAACAUUAAAUGUGCUACAUAAUAGAGGAGCUCUGAAACUGACAACAGGAAAGUGUGUAAAGCAAUAAAGCACAUUUGAAACCGUACAAACUGAAUAUGCACUUCUUUUCUGAAGAUACUUCCUAGGAUUUGAAAAUAGGAUCCAAAACAAGACUGGGUUUCAGUAUCCACCAAUUAUCUGAAAGGUGAUAAAGGACAUUCAGGACAAAUCCACUACCAGCUGAUGAAAUACCUGCAAAGUGCUCUAAAAAUCAAAUAUUCUGACUUCAAGGGUCCUAGUAAGUGCCACUUCCACUGAGAACACAGUUUGAAUGUAUAAUCAGUAGUGUUUACAAGAUCCAACAAUGCACUCGUUGUUAGUGAACGAAGCAAAUAUGUUCAUCACUGUUGGGCUGCCACUGCAAUGCCAAGCACAUUAGAAGAGGAACCCAGGAACACAACUCAGCCCUUGGGGAAAUUAAACCAUCCUUGUCAUCAGAAAUCAAGAUGGAAAUAGUUUGAGCAGUGAAAUCCAUAAGGUUGAACAACUCAAGUAAAUGCCUUCCGUCAGGACUGAGUCUGAUCAUGAAUUUUAUGUUUUUGUUUCUAUUUUUGUUUGUCUUCUGGAAUCUCUUUUGGUUUGGGUAUUGGGGUGCUUAGAAAUCCUUUCUGAGAUAAAUAUGAAUGAGAUAACCUUCAAGUAAUCAUUUUUAAAGUUCUUAUAUUUUUUAGGGUGCAUUCACACACAAUGACUUUGUAAAAACAUUUUAUUUUGCACAACUGUAAACCUCCAGAUUUUUUUCCAACAGUGUAGAAGGUACCAGCUAAACCGUACCAGUCAGUAAUCUCGAGCCAUUCUGAAGGAAAGAUGUUCUAUGUCAUCUGAGAUGAUAAAGUUAGCAGAAAAAAAUGUACUUUUGGUACCAAAGAUUAUACUACACAACAAAUCAUUCUCCUUUCAUGAAAAGAAUAUAUUAAUAUGUUAUUAUGUUACUAAUGUGAAAGUUGUCUCUAGAUAUUUUAAAUUUUCCAAACUCAAAAUUUAUUUUCAUUCGAAGGAAGACUUCCACAGCUUUUACACUUCAUAAUAAUUUUGUGGAAGCAUUUUGCCCUUUAGAAUAAAUGUUUGAUUGGACUGAAAUGUGACUUCCAGGUCUUUGAUAUUCCCCUUAUUAUUCAAAUGGAAAGAUCGGCAUGCUCUUUAUAUCAUUGUUAAGUUUUCUUAGUGCAGAAAUAACAUGAUUAGCAGAGUGUUGUUUCCAUAACACAGAUGAUUAAUUUUAAGAGAUUUAACAAUGAAAUUAUUUGUCAAUAUUUUGCACUUCAAGUGAAUUAAAUUGACCAAUAUUUUUUCUGUGGUUAUUCACACUACCACAUUAAUAUGCUUUUAAAACAGCACAUGGAAUUAUUAAUAAAAUGAUUUUAAAAUUUUAACAAAUAAAAGGAUUGACUAAUAAGCCAGUUUUCUGGUAACAUGCUACACUGGUAGGUAAUUCUGAUGGUAAAUUGUUUCUUUAGAAAGCAGAAGCACUGUGUUCCCACUUCUACUCUUGGGCUGAAACAACUUAGAUGACUUCUUGUUUCUUAGAGAAGGCAGUCUGAGGAAAGAAGAAAUAGCACGGGGAAUAUGUAUGUUUUGUUUCUUAGGAAAGACAGUCUUAAAAAAGAAUAAAUAGCAUGGAGUGUGUGUGUGUGUAUGUGUAUGUAUAUAUAUG